AUGUCCGUAGCCAGGACACUCGUCACCAGCUGUGAUUCAUGUCACGAUGAAGCCAGCUGCCUGGAGUCACGAGAAAGAGGCGACACUUCUCAUGUGCCGCUCUCUUGUGUCUGUAAAGACGGCUUUGUUGGCGACGGUCUCACCUGUUACAAUACAGAACUCUGCAGGGACUCCUCUUGCUGUAGUCGAGGGUACCACUGGUCACCAGACAGGGGCUGUGUGGACACUGACGAGUGCUCCCUCCCAGACUCACCAUGCACUUCACCUCAGGUUUGCCAGAACACCCCAGGCUCCUUCGAAUGCCUGGAGCCUUCCUCCAGGACCAGGUCGGGCCCCUCUUCUCAAUCUGUCCAGUUCACCUGUGGACACACUGUUUGUCCUGUAGGCAUGGACUGCAUCAGCAGUAAUGAGACUCGCUGUGCUGACCCCUGUGAGCACUACACAGUGCUGGAUGAUGACUGGCGUUCAGUGAACAACACAUCGAUUCAGAUAAUAUACUGUGACAGAGAUAUUAACUGGAGAGGCUGGUAUCGCCUGGUUCUGGGGCAAAACAGUGCUCAUAUUCCAGAGCAUUGUGUUGAGUCAAACGGAACAGGCCCUGCAGUUUUGCCAACCACACCUGAUCCUCCACCUCAGUACACCACCGCUCAGGCAUCCAACACAACGACAGCAGGCAACAGCACCGUGUUACCACCAACACAUGCUCCUCCACCUCAGUACACCACCGCUCAGACAGCUUCCACAACAACAGCAGACAACAGCACAGCAGUUGAGGGGCAGGUCCGUCUGGCCAAUGGAGGAAACAGCUCCUGCUCUGGCAGAGUAGAGAUCUUCCACCGUGGACAGUGGGGGACGGUGUGUGACGAUUCCUGGGACCUGGUUGAUGCUCAGGUGGUGUGCAGACAGCUGGGCUGUGGCAGGGUCCUGUCAGCACCACCCCGUGCACGCUUUGGACAGGGCAGAGGGCCCAUCUGGCUGGAUGAUGUCACAUGCACAGGCAGCGAAUCAGAGCUCAGCCAGUGUCGCCACAGAGGGUUUGGAUCUCACAACUGUAAUCACUAUGAGGAUGCUGGUGUCGUCUGCGAAGCUGCUUCACCAGUGAGGCUGGUCAACUCUGACAACCGCUGCUCCGGCAGAGUGGAGGUCUUCCAUGAUGGACGGUGGGGGACAGUGUGUGACGAUUCCUGGGACCUGAGGGAUGCCAAGGUGGUGUGUAGACAGCUGGGCUGUGGCACUGCUCGUUCAGCACCACAAAAUGCAGCUUUUGGAGCGGGCAGUGGACCCAUCUGGCUGGAUAAUGUCAGUUGUUUUGGAAAUGAACCAUCAAUAACAGACUGCAGACAUCAAGGGUUUGGGGUCCACAACUGUCGUCACCAUGAAGAUGCCAGCGUUGUUUGUGAAUUUCAGCACCCUCCACUCCAGCCUUCUCAGCUUAUUUGUGGCCGUGAUAAAAUCCAGGUGGGUCUGGAGUUGGCUCAUUUUACAUCCUCCGGUUUGAGCCCCUACUCUGGCAACUUUGCAUCCCGCAACUGCUCCUGGGUCAGAGUGCGUGACGAUGUGGUGUGGUAUGAAGUGGAGGCCAUGGCAGGUGCCUGUGGAAACACACUGAGGACCAACAGCACACAUGCAAUCUACUCCAACAGUUUAUUUAUCUACCCAAUAAGCAACACGUCCUUCAACGUUCCCGUGAGUCUUCCCUUCUCCUGUGUGUAUCCUCUGGACACAGACACCAGCCUGAAUGUGGCCCUCAGACCAAUCCUGGCGCUUGAAGGUGGCAUUGAAGGCUCAGGUGCCAGAGCCGAAGCCUCCAUGUCUCUGUUCCGCAACUCCAACUACAUCGAGACUUAUCCAGCCGGCCGGGUCACCCUGCCAGUGGGCUCGCCGUUGUAUGUGGGCGUCUCUGUGGAGGAGACUGAUCCAAGCUUUGCAGUUGUUCUGGAGGACUGCUACGCCAGUCACUCAUCAACUCCUGACAACUUCAUGCAAUACCCUCUCAUCAGGAACAAGUGUCCCGCUGACCGCCGACAGGUGUCAGUGACUGAGAGCGGCUCGUCCCUCCGGGCUCGUUUCUCUGCCCUGUUCUUCCUGCUUCAAAACGAAUACAGAGACGUUUACCUUCAUUGCAGCCUCAGCCUGUGUGACCGGAGGAGCUCCUCUUGUGCUACACCUUGCAGAAGUAGGACCUCUCGCUCUGUUUCCAACUCUGAUCCUCUGACAACCCUCACCGUUGGACCAAUCAUUUGGACACUCGUCACCAGCUGUGAUUCAUGUCACGAUGAAGCCAGCUGCCUGGAGUCACGAGAAAGAGGCGACACUUUUCAUAUGCCACUCUCUUGUGUCUGUAAAGACGGCUUUGUCGGCGACGGUCUCACCUGUUACAAUACAGAACUCUGCAGGGACUCCUCUUGCUGUAGUCGAGGGUACCACUGGUCACCAGACAGGGGCUGUGUGGACACUGACGAGUGCUCCCUCCCAGACUCACCAUGCACUUCACCUCAGGUUUGCCAGAACACCCCAGGCUCCUUCGAAUGCCUGGAGCCUUCCUCCAGGACCAGGUCGGGCCCCUCUUCUCAAUCUGUCCAGUUCACCUGUGGACACACUGUUUGUCCUGUAGGCAUGGACUGCAUCAGCAGUAAUGGGACUCGCUGUGCUGACCCCUGUGAGCACUACACAGUGCUGGAUGAUGACUGGCGUUCAGUGAACAACACAUCGAAUGAGAUCUUACACUCAGAGUCGAACGGAACAGGCCCUGCAGUUUUGCCAACCACACCUGAUCCUCCACCUCAGUACACCACCGCUCAGACAUCCAACACAACAACAGCAGACAACAGCACAGCAGUUGAGGGGCAGGUCCGUCUGGCCAAUGGAGGAAACAGCUCCUGCUCUGGCAGAGUAGAGAUCUUCCACCGUGGACAGUGGGGGACGGUGUGUGACGAUUCCUGGGACCUGGUUGAUGCUCAGGUGGUGUGCAGACAGCUGGGCUGUGGCAGGGUCCUGUCAGCACCACAAGGUGCACGCUUUGGAGCGGGCAGAGGGCCCAUCUGGCUGGAUGAUGUCACAUGCACAGGCAGCGAAUCAGAGCUCAGCCAGUGUCGCCACAGUGGGGUUGGAACUCACAACUGUAAUCACAAUGAGGAUGCUGGUGUCGUCUGCGAAGGUAAGUACAGAUUUGUACAGCUAAAGGCAAUAACGUCUCUCUGUGUAUCAUCCUCUGCUUCACCAGUGAGGCUGGUCAACUCUGACAACCGCUGCUCGGGCAGAGUGGAGGUCUUCCAUGAUGGACAGUGGGGGACAGUGUGUGAUGAUUCCUGGGGCCUGAAUGAUGCUCAGGUGGUGUGUAGACAGCUGGGCUGUGGCACUGCUCGUUCAGCACCACAAAAUGCAGCUUUUGGAGUGGGCAGUGGACCCAUCUGGCUGGACGAUGUCAAUUGUUUUGGAAAUGAACCAUCAAUAACAGACUGCAGACAUCCAGGGUUUGGGGUCCACGACUGUCGUCAUGUUGAAGAUGCCAGCGUCAUCUGUGACGUUCAACCAGGACUCAACAGCACCGUGUUACCACCAACACAUGCUCCUCCACCUCAGUACACCACCGCUCAGACAUCCAACACAACGACAGCAGACAACAGCACAGCAGUUGAGGGGCAGGUCCGUCUGGCCAAUGGAAAAAACAGCUCCUGCUCUGGCAGAGUAGAGAUCUUCCACCAUGGACAGUGGGGGACGGUGUGUGACGAUUCCUGGGACCUGGUUGAUGCUCAGGUGGUGUGCAGACAGCUGGGCUGUGGCAGGGUCCUGUCAGCACCACAAGGUGCACGCUUUGGACAGGGCAGAGGGCCCAUCUGGCUGGAUGAUGUCACAUGCACAGGCAGCGAAUCAGAGCUCAGCCAGUGUCGCCACAGCGGGGUUGGAACUCACAACUGUAAUCACAAUGAGGAUGCUGGUGUCGUCUGCGAAGGUAAGUACAGAUUUGUACAUCUAAAGGCAAUAACGUCUCUCUGUGUAACAUCCUGUCUAAUGUUGAGGUUGGUCAACUCUGACAACCGUUGCUCGGGCAGAGUGGAGGUCUUCCAUGAUGGACAGUGGGGGACAGUGUGUGAUGAUUCCUGGGGCCUGAAUGAUGCUCAGGUGGUGUGUAGACAGCUGGGCUGUGGCACUGCUCGUUCAGCACCACAAAAUGCAGCUUUUGGAGUGGGCCGUGGACCCAUCUGGCUGGACGAUGUCAAUUGUUUUGGAAAUGAACCAUCAAUAACAGACUGCAGACAUCCAGGGUUUGGGGUCCACGACUGUCGUCAUGUUGAAGAUGCCAGCGUCAUCUGUGACGUUCAACCAGGACUCAACAGCACCGUGUUACCACCAACACAUGCUCCUCCACCUCAGUACACCACCGCUCAGACAUCCAACACAACGACAGCAGACAACAGCACAGCAGUUGAGGGGCAGGUCCGUCUGGCCAAUGGAAAAAACAGCUCCUGCUCUGGCAGAGUAGAGAUCUUCCACCAUGGACAGUGGGGGACGGUGUGUGACGAUUCCUGGGACCUGGUUGAUGCUCAGGUGGUGUGCAGACAGCUGGGCUGUGGCAGGGUCCUGUCAGCACCACCCCGUGCACCCUUUGGAGCCGGCAGAGGGCCCAUCUGGCUGGAUGAUGUCACAUGCACAGGCAGCGAAUCAGAGCUCAGCCAGUGUCGCCACAGCGGGGUUGGAACUCACAACUGUAAUCACAAUGAGGAUGCUGGUGUCGUCUGCGAAGGUAAGUACAGAUUUGUACAGCUAAAGGCAAUAACGUCUCUCUGUGUAACAUCCUGUCUAAUGUUGAGGCUGGUCAACUCUGACAACCGCUGCUCGGGCAGAGUGGAGGUCUUCCAUGAUGGACAGUGGGGGACAGUGUGUGAUGAUUCCUGGGGCCUGGAUGAUGCUCAGGUGGUGUGUAGACAGCUGGGCUGUGGCACUGCUCGUUCAGCACCACAAAAUGCAGCUUUUGGAGUGGGCAGUGGACCCAUCUGGCUGGACGAUGUCAAUUGUUUUGGAAAUGAACCAUCAAUAACAGACUGCAGACAUCCAGGGUUUGGGGUCCACGACUGUCGUCAUGUUGAAGAUGCCAGCGUCAUCUGUGAUGUUCAACCAGGACUCAACAGCACCGUGUUACCACCAACACAUGCUCCUCCACCUCAGUACACCACCGCUCAGACAUCCAACACAACAACAGCAGACAACAGCACAACAGUUGAGGGGCAGGUCCGUCUGGCCAAUGGAGGAAACAGCUCCUGCUCUGGCAGAGUAGAGAUCUUCCACCGUGGACAGUGGGGGACGGUGUGUGACGAUUCCUGGGACCUGGUUGAUGCUCAGGUGGUGUGCAGACAGCUGGGCUGUGGCAGGGUCCUGUCAGCACCACAAGGUGCACGCUUUGGACAGGGCAGAGGGCCCAUCUGGCUGGAUGAUGUCACAUGCACAGGCAGCGAAUCAGAGCUCAGCCAGUGUCGCCACAGCGGGGUUGGAACUCACAACUGUAAUCACAAUGAGGAUGCUGGUGUCGUCUGCGAAGUCCAUCUUUCAUCUGUGUCUCAUAACAACUAUAUUAUGUGUCAUGUUUUUCUGUUAGCUGCUUCACCAGUGAGGCUGGUCAACUCUGACAACCGCUGCUCGGGCAGAGUGGAGGUCUUCCAUGAUGGACAGUGGGGAACAGUGUGUGAUGAUUCCUGGGGCCUGGAUGAUGCCAAGGUGGUGUGUAGACAGCUGGGCUGUGGCACUGCUCGUUCAGCACCACAAAAUGCAGCUUUUGGAGUGGGCCGUGGACCCAUCUGGCUGGACGAUGUCAAUUGUUUUGGAAAUGAACCAUCAAUAACAAACUGCAGACAUCCAGGGUUUGGGGUCCACGACUGUCGUCAUGUUGAAGAUGCCAGCGUCAUCUGUGACGUUCAACCAGGACUCAACAGCACCGUGUUACCACCAACACAUGCUCCUCCACCUCAGUACACCACCGCUCAGACAUCCAACACAACGACAGCAGACAACAGCACAGCAGUUGAGGGGCAGGUCCGUCUGGCCAAUGGAAAAAACAGCUCCUGCUCUGGCAGAGUAGAGAUCUUCCACCGUGGACAGUGGGGGACGGUGUGUGACGAUUCCUGGGACCUGGUUGAUGCUCAGGUGGUGUGCAGACAGCUGGGCUGUGGCAGGGUCCUGUCAGCACCACAAGGUGCACGCUUUGGACAGGGCAGAGGGCCCAUCUGGCUGGAUGAUGUCACAUGCACAGGCAGCGAAUCAGAGCUCAGCCAGUGUCGCCACAGCGGGGUUGGAACUCACAACUGUAAUCACAAUGAGGAUGCUGGUGUCGUCUGCGAAGUCCAUCUUUCAUCUGUGUCUCAUAACAACUUUAUUAUGUGUCAUGUUUUUCUGUUAGCUGCUUCACCAGUGAGGCUGGUCAACUCUGACAACCGCUGCUCGGGCAGAGUGGAGAUCUUCCAUAAAGGACAGUGGGGGACAGUGUGUGAUGAUUCCUGGGGCUUGGAUGAUGCUCAGGUGGUGUGUAGACAGCUGGGCUGUGGCACUGCUCGUUCAGCACCACAAAAUGCAGCUUUUGGAGUGGGCAGUGGACCCAUCUGGCUGGAUAAUGUCAAUUGUUUUGGAAAUGAACCAUCAAUAACAGACUGCAGACAUCCAGGGUUUGGGGUCCACGACUGUCGUCAUGUUGAAGAUGCCAGCGUCAUCUGUAGCGUUCAACCAGGACUCAACAGCACUGUGUUCCCACCAACACAUGCUCCUCCACCUCAGUACACCACCGCUCAGACAUCUACCACAACAACAGCAGACAACAGCACAGCAGUUGAGGGGCAGGUCCGUCUGGCCAAUGGAGGAAACAGCUCCUGCUCUGGCAGAGUAGAGAUCUUCCACCGUGGACAGUGGGGGACGGUGUGUGACGAUUCCUGGGACCUGGUUGAUGCUCAGGUGGUGUGCAGGCAGCUGGGCUGUGGCAGGGUCCUGUCAGCACCACACCGUGCACGCUUUGGACAGGGCAGAGGGCCCAUCUGGCUGGAUGAUGUCACAUGCACAGGCAGCGAAUCAGAGCUCAGCCAGUGUUACCACAGAGGGUUUGGAACUCACAACUGUAAUCACAAUGAGGAUGCUGGUGUCGUCUGCGAAGGUAAGUACAGAUUUGUACAGCUAAAGGCAAUAACGUCUCUCUGUGUAACAUCCUGUCUAAUGUUGAGGCUGGUCAACUCUGACAACCGCUGCUCGGGCAGAGUGGAGGUCUUCCAUAAAGGACAGUGGGGGACAGUGUGUGAUGAUGGCUGGGACCUGAAGGAUGCCAAGGUGGUGUGUAGACAGCUGGGCUGUGGCACUGCUCGUUCAGCACCACAAAAUGCAGCUUUUGGAGCGGGCAGUGGACCCAUCUGGCUGGACGAUGUCAGUUGUUUUGGAAAUGAACCAUCAAUAACAGACUGCAGACAUCCAGGGUUUGGGGUCCACAACUGUGGUCACCAUGAAGAUGCCAGCGUUGUUUGUGAAUUUCAGCCUACUCAGCUCAUUUGUGGCCGUGAUAAAAUCCAGGUGGGUCUGGGUUUGGCUGACCUUACAUCCAUUGGUUUUAACCCCUUUUCUGGCAACCUGGCAGCCCACAACUGCUCCUGGGUCAGAGUGCGUGACGAUGUGGUGUGGUAUGAAGUGGCGGCCAUGACAGGUGCCUGUGGAAACACACUGAGGACCAACAGCACACAUGCAGUCUACUCCAACAGUUUAUUUAUCUACCCAAUAAGCAACACGUCCUUCAACAUUCCCGUGAGUCUUCCCUUCUCCUGCGGGUAUCCUCUGGACACAGACACCAGCCUGAAUGUGGCCCUCAGACCAGUCCUGGCGCCUGGAGUUGGUAUUUCAGGUUCAGGUACCAAAGCCGAAGCCUCCAUGUUUCUGUUCCGCAACUCCAACUAUACCGAGACUUAUCCAGCCGGCCGGGUCACCCUGCCGGUGGGCUCGCCGUUGUAUGUGGGCGUCUCUGUGGAGGAGACUGACCCAAGCUUUGCAGUUGUUCUGGAGGACUGCUACGCCAGUCACUCAUCAACACCUGACAACUUCAUGCAAUACCCUCUCAUCAGGAACAAGUGUCCCGCUGACCGCCGACAGGUGUCAGUGACUGAGAGCGGCUCGUCCCUCCGGGCUCGUUUCUCUGCCCUGUUCUUCCUGCUUCAAAACGAAUACAGAGACGUUUACCUUCAUUGCAGCCUCAGCCUGUGUGACCAGAGGAGCUCCUCUUGUGCUACACCUUGCAAAAGCAGGACCUCUCGCUCUGUUUCCAACUCUGAUCCUCUGACAACCCUCACCAUUGGACCAAUCAUUUGGGACAAGUCACCCAAGUGAGCUGGCAACACAAGCACAUUUGUUUUAAGAUGUGUUUUUUAUUCAAAAGACACAAGAUCAUAGAAACCGGUGUUAUAUUGUAUAAGAAAUCCCACCACACUUUGUAUCAUUCUUAAAAUUUUAUAACCUUUGUAAUGAUUGUGUAAUGUCAAAUUUUAAAGCUUUAAAGCUUUUUGCAUUUGUUUUCAAAACAAAAGCAUGGAUUAUUCUUUUGAUCCAAUGACGGGUUUUCCAUAUUAUAGUGUAAAUUGUGCAACUAAUACGUGUGUAUGUUGUUUAAAAGGAUCUUGUUUGUUAUAUUUUUAAGCACAACUCUGUACCUUGAUGUUCAGAAAUGCAGUAGUUAAUAAAAAGAAAGAUUUGUAACCAUG